UGGGGAAUCCCCGAAGAAAGUCCGAUGUUUUGACGUGAAGAAGAAGUUUUCAUUACAAACCAUGUUGGUUAAUUUGUUGGGUGUUUAAACUUCCGGCUGGAUUUCGCUUGUGUAUGCCACUCGAAGAAACAUUGUACACAGCCCAUGAAAUCACUGAAUAUGGCAAGUUCAAAUGGAGCUGUUGGACAUUCCCCGUCAUCUGGAAGUCUCAGCAGUAACAUUACUAAUGGCCAGCCAGCCUCUGAUUUUGAGGUCAUUAGCCAACCACCAAGCUCAAGCUCAUUACAGAAUGGCCAUGCCGUGGAUCUGGGGAAUGUCUCUCCCUUAAUAGCUGCAUCUGUGACCAGUACCCUGCCAUCCUUGACAGAUAUUACGCUAAACCAGGCAGUCCAGAGGAUCCAAGAACUCUCAAAUGAAAACCAGGAGCUCAGAGACUUUUUAAGGAGCAAUUCAGAAGUAAUGAAGAAACAGUUUCAUACUUUAAUGGAAUAUAAGGAGAAAGUCAGAAAUGCCAAUGCUUACCAUCGAGAGAAAUUUCAGCAAACGAAGAUACUUGUUUUGAGUCUUCGAGAUGAAAAAACCAAGUUACAGGAAGAGUGUGAUGGGCUUCGAUCUAAGCUGAGUGAUAUCGAGCGAAGCAAUAACGCUCUUUCGCAGCACAGAAGAAUUGGAGACAGUGUUGUCAACGGCCUUCAAAAAGAAGUGGACAGUCUACAGCAGAAGUUGGCCUUUGAGACUGCUGAAAAGGCAGAUAUGAUAGUAGUGUCUAAGGAUGAUGUUCCAGCUAACGAUGAGACUGCAAAGCUAAUAGAGAAUAUUGAAUUUCUGAACAAGGAGAAUAAAGCAAUUCGAGAGGAAAAUUCUAACUGGAUGAAAGAUGUUUGUCAGUUAAAAUACACAGCAGACCAAAUACUCGCUGAUUUGGAGAGCACUCAGACACUGAAGUCUGACCGUGACCAUGAAUGUAAGCAGUUGGGUCAGGAAAACACACGUCUGUCAGCAGAAAUACAACACACCCUUAAAGAAGUGUGCGAGCUCCGUGCGAAGAACAACUCCCUUGUGAAACAUCUGAAAGAGUUGCAGAGGCAGUUAGGGUCUCAAUCAGAUGGCAGUUUUGUAAAAGUGGGGUCCCUAAGAGUGUCUCCUCUCCAAUCUAUGGCAUCCGACAUUUCAGCUCAAAAUCAACUCCAACACACGUCGGCUAGCCAAACGACAGAGUCUUUGUUAGCCAGCAAAGUGGAAGAGGGGGAGGAAGAAUGCAAGAGCUUAACCCUAAACAGCAAUGCAUUAGCCGAUAUGCUGUCACAGAUUCAGGCUGAGAGAGACAUGGUGGCACAGCUCCGUGGUGCUUUGGCAGAGAAAGAUAACGAGAUACAGAGGUUAGAAAAGGAACUGUGCUCAAAGGAAGAGGUAUUACUGAGCAAAACAACACGGAUUGAGAGUUCUGCUGAAGAGGUUACAGCAGAGCAGGCCAAGGUUAUCUCAGACAUCCAAGCCACAACAGACAAAUUGUGUGCGGAAGGGGCAAGGCAGACAAACUCCAAUGAGGACAUAAUGAAGUCUCAGGUUUUGACACUGAUUCAUGAUUUGCAUGAGUCCCAAACAAAGUUAAAAGCUGCAACAGAUGCCCUUGAUUCAAAAAAUAAAAGGGUGCUGGAUUUAGAAGCACAAAAUUCUGCCCUCAGUACGCAGCUUGAGAGACAGAGAAAGCAAGAUGACUCGUUUAUAGAUUCAAUGCGACUCAACCUUUCUAAUUUGGAGCAGGCUUUAGCUGCAGAGAGAGUGGAACACCAGAACACCAGAAAGCAAUUGGCUGAACUCCGAGGGUCCUUCAAUAGUUUGGUCCAAGACUACAGAGAUUUGUUGGACACAUUUGAUAACUACCGAUUAGAAAAGGAGAGUGAAUCAACAAGACUGCAUACCGAUGUCAAGCAGGCUGAAGAGAUAGGCAAGCUGAUGGCACAGUUAAUUGGGGCUGAGGAAGCCAUUGCAUACAGGGACUCUCAAAUCAGAGAGUUGAAGAUGGAGCUGGAAAAAAUCCCUGUGUUAAAAGCCCAGGCCGAUGUGUACAAAUCUGAUUUUGACGCUGAAAGGAAAGCAAGAGAAAAGCAGCACGAGGAAAAAGAAGUCAUUCUGCAGGACAUGAACAAUCUUCAGACAAGAAACCAACAGCUACUAGAUGAACUGGAGUCCCUGUCUCACAAUCAGAUCGUACAGAUGCAGCUGAAGCAUGCUCCUGGCACUCUCUGGAAUCGUUCAGAACCAAAGCACUCCUACACUAUGGUGCCUCCACCGUCAGCCAAUCAGCGAUCUACCCCACAAAGCAGGUACCCUUACCCCGGACCCCAGGAAGGGGAACAGGGAGCAGGGGCCAUGCAGUACCCUCACGAUGAUGUCUUUGAUUAUACGCAGAUGGAUGAAAUCUGUGGAGGCCACCACUGCCCGAAGUGUGGUGUACAGUGCCCUGACAUUGACUCGCUUCAGCUGCAUGUUAUCGAGUGCCUGGAUAAUGACACUACCACAAAGGACACCUUCAGGAUGUAGGUCUGUACGAGUAUGACAAGUGUGAUCAAAGCACAGAGGGUACAGUGCGAGGCUCUCUUACCAACACGGACAAUGCAGACUGAGAUGUUAGAGCAGCUGAAAGCUUUUAGAAUGUCUGAAUAGAUUCUAACAUGCAGUGUUGGGUUUCUCCUUGCCAAUUCCAGAAAAAUAAUUGUUUUGAUUUGUUGUAUAGUGUACCCAUGAGUGCGUUAUAUGCAUAUGUUUAUAUCAUAAUACAUCAACACAAUCCGGACUGAGGUGGCUGUUCCAUCAAACCCCUCAUACAUCAGGAGCAAUUAACAUUGGCAAGAUAUGGAAAAGGUAAGAAAUGUGUAAAUAAAAGCAAAAGCAACAUGGAUGAUAGUCCUUAGCUUUUAACCUCAUCAGUAAAAUAAAUCAACCCAACACAAACUUUGAAAUGAAUUUUUUUUUCCAACAUUCUGUCAACAGAGUAUCUUUGAGAAAAUUGACACGUGUAUUCUAGCAAUUUUAAAUUACCCUGCUGCCUCUGCUGUCGAUUGUGUGGCUGUCUGCCUGGUAGCAUAAACUGACUAAAUGUCAUUUAUUCACAAGUUUGCCCUCCAUAUCUUCACUGUUCUUUUCAGAAUAUAUCUCACUUUUCUGAUACAGUAUAUGAGAUAUGUCAGAAUUAUGCAUCUUCUGUGAAAAAAAGAUUAAUACAUUGGAUAACAAACAUUUAUUAAUGUAUUACUGGAAAAUAAUCUGUGAUAGAUUGCAUUGCAAGGACUGUAAGACAAAUGGUACAUUCUUUGUCAUUGUGUUUACUUUCUCCUGGUUUCACUGUAGUUUAACUUUACUUAGUCAUCAAGAGAUAGCUUUAUGGUUACAUAGCCAAGAAUUUACCAAGAUAAAUGCUGUGAUUGUGUGCUGUAAUGUAGUUUAUUAUGUACAAAACAGGUGUGUUUUAUGGUGGUUCAGUUGUAAAAAUGGAUUUUUAUUUAUUUGGUUGGUGUUUUACACUGUACCUAAUGUUAUUUCAUAAAAAUUAGGCUUUUCAGGAUUCUUUAUUGAUUCAUUGAAUAUAUUGGUUGUGUACAGUGUAUGUGGGUUAAACAGACACAUUUCUGGACUUGCUAUAAAUCAGAAUAUAAAUCAACGCCAAGAGAACACCCGACCCGGUAAACACAACUGCCGGUAAAUCAGAGCCUGAAUUGGAAUUUUUUAAAGGUUUUGUGGAAGUCGUUCCUGGGAUCAGGGUACUUAUCAAGAAUAGAGGAGGCAACAUGUUUUGAUGUGCUGAACAUAGAACUUUGAUAAGUCCAAUAUUUACAUGUAUUAACAGACGGUGUAAUGUGUUCCUAAUUAUGUUUCUUUAAUACACCAGGUUAAGUAUAUGGACAAAUGAGGUUGAGAAAUAAAACAGCUUAUGAUAUCAAA